AUUAUAUUUUAAAAGCGAGCCGAAUACGAAUGUCACUCAAUAUUUUAUUUUAAAAAUGUAUCAUUUACGAUAAGUUUAAUUGUUUUCGUUAUAGUUAUUCCAACGAAAUAAGUCAUGCAGGCACCUUUGAUACCACUCUACAAAAUAAACCAAUUGAGGUGCUUUAAUUGCAACCAAUUCUUGCUAUGCGGUCCCAUCCAUUUAAACCCAAACGAUGGCUCGUCCCUGUGUGGACGUUGCCGUGGAAUAGCCACUAACAUAUUCCACAACAAAGCUUACGAAGCUAUAGCUUCAAUCUUCGGACACCCAUGCGUGAACUGGGAGAAACAUUGCGACCAAAUUUUGUUAUGGAACGGAAAUUUCGCGCACGAAAAUGAAUGUACUCAACCCGGUUGUUGCAUUUGCUGCAAGAGUUCCAGAAAAUUACCCAGUGAUAAUGGGAAUGCUUUGCCCGUAGCUAAGGUGCCAAUUGAAGCUCUUGAAAAGCUGAAAUGCAUUUUUUGCUAUGGGUUUAUUUCUUGCGGGCCAGUUCUGUUAACACCUGAUGGGGAAAAUAUAUGCAACAGAUGUGUAGCAACCCAGGAGAAUCUUUACAAUGAAAAAAGGAAUUUACCGUAUGAAAUGUUGGCAGAAAUACUUAUUUUUCCAUGCAGAUAUAUCAGGAGAGGUUGCCCUUCAAGUUUUAAAUAUGGCGUGGACAUUUUUGAGCACGAAAAUCAUUGCGAUUAUCGACAAGUUAAUAGAAGACAAGAACCUGAAAGAGAAUUUUCUCAAAGGAAACAGGGAGUGAUCAAGUAUAGCAAGCUUAAUGACAAAAAAGAGAGAGGGGUUAUCCAAACACAUGCUGGUCAUGUAUUCGGUACUAUAACCCCGAAUUACGUCCCUGCUUUUGCCCCACCAAACGCCAAAUCAAACCAAUUCGACAUCAACAAAGACCUCAUCAAGUCUCUCCAAAAAAAGCAACACAGGCAAAGAAAUAGGGUCGACGAUGGACAAGUAUACCAGCAAGACUGCGAUAUACACAGCGAGGCUACUAGUAUUUCGGAUGGCAUCGACAACAGCGCGUUUGAAAGAGAUCAACACAGAGACAGUGGCAACCAUAAACCUCCGGAACCCUCCCAGUACUCACUGGAUAUCAACAGGUUGGCCAGGCUAAGAAACCCAAGAUUGAGCGACAACUCCUUUCAAAACUACCGACCCAGUCUAUCCAGGGGUGAAAGUAUCAAUGGUAGCAGCAAAGGUAUUCCCAGGGCCCAUGCUGACGGUAGAAACCAACGAGAUUCGUACCAGGGCAGCCAACUGAGUAGAACGAACUCGGUAGCGCCUGUGACUUCCCACAGGAUACAUCCUGUGGCAGAGGAGAUCAGGCAGUUUAAAUUGAGAAAAACUAAAAAUCCUUACAAGGAGUGCAACAACUUGGACGAUUUGCGUCAUAUUCAAGAAAGAUUUUAGUUUUUUAGAAAAAUAAUAGUGAAUUUUUAGAUGUUCGCAAAAAUUAUGUUUAUUGUGGCCCUGGCACAAGUUUUAAAACUGCAUGUUUGGUUUAAAUAAAUUAGAAUUGGAUUGCCCCUACAAUAAUAUUAUAAAAUGUUAGCAAUAGUUUUUUAAAACAAUAAACCAUGUCCUUAUAUAUAGCAUUUUUAAUCGAGUAAUAUAACACCUGACAACUUAAACAACACUGUGCUUUGUAACAGAUGUGUUCCUUAUCAGGCACCGACAGACUGUUUCGGUCUUUUGUACCUCACCAGUGCCGGGUAGCCAUCCGCACAAUCUGCCUUUGGCCGCUCAGCAGAAUUAUUUUAAACUAUGUACUUUACCGUUGUGAUGGGCAACUCCUAGGUCCUGCAGAAGCGUUGCUGCCAGAUCGGCUUUUUGCCUUGCUGAGUCGAAGCGCGAUGUUUCCAGAGGGACACUUAACGAUUUGUACUGCUCUGUUAUGCAUAGAGAACCCAGUGAUCUCGCCGAGACAUCGUGUAUUAUCAGCAAACUUUUUU